AUGUCAACUUUGAAAGCAGCUUCCACCGCCUUUAAGUAUAAGGUACAAGAAUUGAUUGAUCAGAAGCUGUUAACCUUUAAGGAGGAGGGACCCAAUGUGAAGACCAAUCCGCUGCCUGGCCAUGCUGGCCCAUCUGUGAAUGCUGUGGAGGAUGAUGGAGGAAUUCAAUUGAUAAAUGAAGUUUCUAAGAUCCGAACUCCACUAGCAAUAGUUAGAGAAAAGCUAAUUGGUUAUGAAGAAUUUGAGAUGAUGCACUCUAACUGUGAGGAGUGUGCAAGGAAACCUGAGAAUUGUAAGAAGAUGAGGAUGUGUUUACAACAGUUGGUGGAUCAAGGCUUGGUCCAGAUUGGCUACUCAGUAGUAAACCCCGUCAUUGCGGCAUUAGAGGACUUCACGCCAAUUGAGAUCCCAUUCAAAAGGGCCCCUAUACCAAAUAAGGAGGUCCACCCACUAGUCUUCAGGGUGCCUAAGUCUUUUCCAUUCGAGAGCACUCAAAAGGUAUCAUGGAAUUAUCAACCUACUGUUUCCAUGGGCCAAGAGCAAGUAACACUUGAAAAUCCCUCCGUUGACAGCAUUGCGGGGAUAGGAGGGAUGACAAGAAGUGGGAGGAUCUUUUCUCAUGAUCAGUCAAGCAAAGUUAUUGAGAAGCCCCUGUUGGAUCUAGCUAAAGGGAAGCAUGUAGAAGAGAUGGGUAAAGAGCAGCCCCAUAAGGUGGCACCUAAAGGGGAUGCCGAAGAAUUUUUAAAGAUCAUUCGCAAGAGUGAUUAUCAAGUGGUUGAUCAGUUAGGGCAAACUCCAUCUAAAAUCUCUAUGCUAUCAUUAUUGCUAUCCUCAGAAAUCCAUAGGAAUGCCUUAAUGAAAGUGUUGGGAGAAGCCCAUGUUGAGAAAGACGUCACCGUGAAUCAAUUUGACGGGAUAAUAGCCAACAUCGCUUCAAGCAGAUAUCUCGGGUUUAAUGAUGAAGAAUUACCUGCCAAAGGUUGUGACCACAACAAGGCAUUGUAUAUAUCUGUCAAGUGUUUGGGCAACAUCUUGUCCAAAGUAUUGAUAGAUAAUGGUUCGUCCCUGAAUGUCAUGCCCAAGAGGACCUUCGAUAAGUUAAAUAGCGAAGGGGCAGUAAUGAGGCCUAGCACACUUGUUGUCAAAGCCUUCGAUGGCUCAGAAAGGACGGUCAUGGGAGAGAUAGACCUUCCAGUUUUGGUUGGUCCCCAGCUCUUCACGAUCACUUUCCAAGUCAUGGAUAUUAAUCCUGCUUAUAGUUGCCUCCUUGGAAGACCAUGGAUUCAUUCGGCUGGCGUUGUCACAUCCACCCUACAUCAAAAGCUCAAGUUCAUGUCCAACGGCAAGAUCAUCAUAGUAUCCAGUCAAGAGGAUAUUAUGGUGAGUCAUUUGUCCGCCUUUCAGUACAUUGAGGAAGAUGAGCAAGCAGUGGAAAUUCAGUUUCAGGCUCUGGAGGUCGCAACUGUCACCAUGAAGCGAAAGAAGAAAGCUAAACCUGCCUUCACUUCAUGGCAAGCAAUGAAGGAAGCAUUGAACGAAUCAAGUCUAGAGGGUUGGGGGAAGGUGCCUGUGGUUCAAGAAAAGAAGGAUCGCUUUGGGCUAGGAUAUCGACCAUCAACAAAGGGAUCGACCAGUUCUAACUACAAGGGUGGUCGUUCCCUCCAAGAAAUGUUUCGCAGUGCGGGGUUCAACAACAAAAAGCAAGUGAACAUGAUUGGGGAUAAUGAGGAAGAUGCACCUAACCUAGUGCGAAGCUGUGCUAAUGAAGAGCCCCUCAACAAUUGGAAGGCCGAGGAGAUUUCUGAAGUUUCUUUUAAGUAA